AUGCCGCUCGAAGGCGAAAACUCGCGUUUAAAGACUAGAGAUUCUCAAAAUGUCCACUACAUGUCCAUUCCCAUAAAGAGGGCAUCCGUCAGCAGCUACUCUGAUGAUCAGAUGCACGCCGAAAAUACCUAUAGGAGGCACUUACUAGAUCAGCCGAUAGGCUCUUUCAAAGGUGUUAAUUCAUUGGGAAGAUUUGCUUCAUCUCUGAGAAGAGCCAAUUCCUUUAUGAAUAUUGAGGUUGGAACAGAGAAGGAACGUACUUAUUUCAAAGACGGACAAGAUGCUCUGUUUGAUCCUUAUACCCUGGCACCUUCCGCAGAUGGAAGAAGAAUCUCUGUUGCGGUGACCUCUCGUGGUGGAGUAUCUGUGAGACCUUCCAUGGGGGACCUCUACAUCUCUCCGAACAGUAGAGCAGAUGGAAGCGCACUUUAUGAUGACCAGGAGAGCUUUUCAGCCGUUGGGAGCGUGGCAUCUAACGAACAGGGAUCUUUAAGACGACCAACGCUAUGCUUUCAAGAUCUGAACAAUGCGACGGAUCCCGAUAGUCACUCUAUCAUGCUUAAACAGGUUGAGAUGAAAAACGGCCAAGUCGUGACACUACUCGCAGGGCAAUCGACCGCGCCUCAAACAAUUUUCAAUGCUGUAAAUGUGCUUAUUGGCAUCGGUUUAUUUGCCUUGCCCUUGGGACUGAGAUUUGCGGGUUGCGUUAUAGGUAUUCUGCUGCUAGCCCUUUUUGCAGCAUCAACAUUUUGCAGUGCCGAGCUGCUUUCUCGUUGCCAGGAUGUGGACCCUACGAUGAUUUCGUAUGGUGACUUAGCAUACGCUACUUUCGGUCCCAAAGGUCGAGCUCUCAUUUCCAUAUUAUUUACUUUGGACCUGUUGGGAUCGGGUGUCGCGCUGAUUAUUAUCUUUGGAGACUCUUUAAACGCUUUAUUUCCCCAAUAUUCAGUCACAUUUUUUAAAGUGAUUGCGUUUUUCGCUGUAACACCUCAAGCAUGCAUGCCUUUGAGCAUCCAAUCAAACUUUUCGCUAUUAGGAAUAAUGUGCACGCUAGGUACAGUGUUUAGUAUUGCCUUCUGUGGGCUGUACAAGACAACAUCGCCAGGUUCUUUAUUGGAUCCUGUUUUUCCCCCAAUGUGGCCUGAGAGCUUCAAAGGUUUAUGUCUAUCUAUUGGACUUCUUAGCGCGUGCUGGGGUGGCCACGCAGUAUUUCCAAAUUUAAAAAGUGACAUGAGACACCCGGGAAAAUUCAAGAAAUGUUUGGUAACAACGUAUUCCAUCACUACGACGGCUGAUAUUUCGACAGCAUUAUUCGGAGUUUUUAUGUUCGGUAUUAAUGUGCGGGACGAAGUGACCAAGAGUAUACAGCUUACUGAAGGGUAUCCGCAGAUUGUUUACGUUCUGAUAUCUGUUCUUAUGACGCUUAUCCCGAUUGCUAAGGCACCGCUAAGUGCGCGUCCUAUCGCCUCUGUAAUGGAUUCAGCCACCGGAGCUAGCCCAAAAGAAGACGAUGAUGCAGAGGGAAGAUCGGGAUCGAAACGCAUAAUUAGAACAUUCAAUGGAAUCUUCGUCAACAUGGUUAUGGUCAUCAUUAGUAUCCUGCUUCCACAAUUUGAUAAAUUUAUUGCGUUUCUGGGGGCGGGCUUAUGUUUUGCCAUUUGUUUGAUUUUACCAUGCAUCUUCUAUAUGAGUAUCUGCGCCAAAACCGUCAAAAGAUGGGAGAAAAUCGCUUGCGUCGUUACUAUCAUUGUAAGUACUAUCUUCUCCAUCCUCGGAGUGGGGGCAGCUGUGAUAUCCUAA